AUGGCAACUCAUGCAGGAAAUCCAAAUAUGGAAUUAUUAAUUCCAAUGAUCAAUCAAUUACAACAUAUAUUUACAUCAGUUAAUGCAAAAUUAACAUUAACACUACCACAAAUAGCAGUUGUUGGCGCUCAAUCAGCUGGUAAAAGUUCUGUACUUGAAAAUAUUGUCGGACGUGAUUUUCUACCUCGUGGUGGAAACAUGGUUACAAAACGACCACUUGUACUGCAAUUAAUAACAUCACAAGGUCAAGAAUAUGCAAUAUUUGGACAUAAACCACAACAAAGAUUUAUUAAUUAUGCUGAUGUUCGAGCAGAAAUUGAAAAUGAUACUAAAGCUAUUGUACGAGAUGAUAUGGGAGUAUCAAGUUUACCAAUUAAUUUAACAAUUUUUUCACCACAUGUUGUUAAUCUUACUCUGGUCGAUUUACCAGGCAUGGUUAAAGUACCAUCUCAAGGACAACCUGCAGAUAUUGUAAAAAAAAUCGAUGAUAUUAUUCUCGAAUAUAUAAGCAAUGAAAAUUGUCUUAUAUUAGCUGUUACACCAGCUAAUAUUGAUCUUGUGACAUCAGAUGCUUUAGUUAUGGCACGUAGUCGAGAUCCAAUGGGUAAACGUACAAUUGGUGUAUUAACUAAACUUGAUAUGAUGGGUAAAGGACAUAAUGCUCGUGAAGUACUUUUAAAUAAAGUUGUUGUUCUCGAACGAGGUUUUAUUGGUGUUGUUCUUCGUGGUCAACGUCUUGAUGAAUAUGGUCGAGCAUCAAAAGAAUUUGACAUUCCGGGUGCAUUAGAACAUGAACGUCAAUUUUUUCAAAACGAUCCAGCAUAUCGUGAUAUUGCUGAUCGAUUAGGUGUACCAUAUUUACAACGUACACUUAGUAUUCAAUUAACUGAACAUAUACUUAAAUGUUUACCUGAUUUACAACGAGAAUUACAAUCUCGACAUCGUGAUUUAGCAAAAGAAGUUGCUGAAUAUCGUGCAUCAGCUACGUUUGAUACAUCAACAACUUCGGAUACAAAAGCACUUGUCGGAUUAACACAUGAAUUACAUGAAACUUUUGAUACAGCAUUACAGGGUACACAUUUAAAAGAAGCUGAUUUAAAAACAUUAACUGGUGGUGCACGUAUUGCUAACAUAUUUCGUGAACGUUUUCCAUUUGAAUUAGUCAAAACUGAAUUACAAGAUAAAGAUAUGCGUAAUCAAACAAUAGUUGCAAUUAAAAAUAUUCGUGGUUUUCGAUCGGGUCUAUUUACUCCUGAUGAAGCAUUUGAAUAUAUUGUACAAAUGCAAAUAUCUAAAUUUGAAGAUCCAGUUAUGAAAUGUGUUGAUAUGGUUGUAUCAGAAUUACUUUCUAUUAUUCAUGAAUCAACAAAUAAAAUGAAACGUUAUCCAUUAUUAAGACAAGCAACAGAAGAUUUAUUAACACAAUAUUUACGAGAUCGUGAAAUUGCAACUAAACAAGCUUGUUCAACUUAUAUUCAAACUCAAUUAUCUUAUAUUAAUACGAAUAAUGAAGAUUUUAUUGGAUUUGCAGGUGCAGAGAAAUCAGUUAGUGCCGGUGAAACCAAACGAACUGUUACCACUCAGGUUAUUCGUAAAGGAUUUCUUCGUGUUCAUACUGGUGUUAAAUUAUUUCAAGCAAAAGAUUAUUUCUUUGUUUUAUCAACCGAUAAUCUUUCUUGGUUUACAGAUUCUGAUGAAAAAGAAAAAAGAUAUAUGUUACCAUUAGAAAAUCUUAGAAUUCGUGAUGUUGAAGGUGGUUUUAUGGCUAAACGACCACAAUUUGCGAUAUUUAAUACUGAAGGAAAAAAUGUUUAUAAAGAACAUAAAACUCUUGAAUUAUCAGUUGAUAAUAGCGAAGAACUUGAUACAUGGAAAGCAUCAUUUUUACGUGCUGGUGUUUAUCCAGAACGUGAACAACGACCAGAAGAUCCACAAGCAGCAGCUGAAGUUGGUCCUGUUGAUCCACAUAUGGAACGACAAGUUGAAACAAUCAAUAAAUUAGUAACAUCAUAUAUGCAAAUAGUUGCUCGAAUGACACGUGAUUACAUUCCAAAAACAAUUAUGUAUCAUAUUGUUCAAAAUUUACAAAAAUUUGUAGCUAAAGAAUUAUUAGCACAUCUUUAUGCUUUUCCUGAUCCAAAAUCAUUAUUACAAGAAUCUGAAGAAGAACGACAACGACGAGAAUCAAAACUUGCAGAAUUUGAAGCAAUUAAGAAUGCUUUAAAUAUAAUCGAAAAUUUUCAAAUCAAUGCACGAAAAGUAGCUGGAUCAGCUAUGCCUGCAUCUGUAUUAGGUGCUGGUUUUUCAAGUUUCUCCAAUACUACUAAUAACUAUGGAUCAUCAUCGAAUUAUUCAAACAAUUCACUUGAUGCUUCUAUUUUUCAACCUACAUAUGGAUUCAAUCGUCCACCGAGUCCAAAUCCUCAACGGAAACAGCAGGCACCUACAGGUCCAACUUCGAGUGCAUUUCCAUCACGUGAACCACCACCGCCACCACUUCGUCCAAGUCCUGUACCUGGUUCAUUUGGUGGAAAUCCAUCAAAUUUACCAGCACCAAUUAUGCCACAGCCUGCUUCAAAUAAUAAAUUUCAAACAAAUACAUCAUCGAAUAAUACUAAUAAUAUAUUCUCGGAAUUAAAUGAAAAAUUGGCAAAAAAAGUAGCGCGAGCUCAGAGUACAGCGACAUCAUCAUCAUCAUCAUCAUCACAACCAUCAUCUAAUAUGUUUCACGGAUUAGAUCCGUUUGCUACACCUACAUCAUCACCUUUGUAUCAGAAUGGUACUUCAAACCCUCCAGUACCAGCACCGGCUAUGAAUCAACAAGGUAGAGCAAGUCCACAGCCUGGGGGCUUGCCACCACCUAUUUCGCCGAUUCGUCCAACACCAUCCAUUCCACCACGACCAUUCGAACGCCCACCAGUUCCUCAACGAAAUUAG